UACCGUGACGUAUCCAUCGUGCAAGAUAAAUAUGUUUGUUUGAGAUAUAUUCUAUUCAGAUUCGACCCGAUCAUUUGUGUUACAACAUGAAACUCUUUGUGAUACUGUUCGUUCUGGUUUCUGUUCUCAAUUCUAGUUAUGGAGAAGAAGAAGAGAAUAGAGAUCCCUGCCAAUUUCCAAUAGAAAGUGGCAUGUGCUUUGGAUAUACAGAAGUCUACGGUUACAAUGUUACAAACAAUGAAUGUAGAUUGUUUGUCUAUGGUGGUUGUAUGGGGAACGAGAAUAGAUUUAACACUAAGGAGGAAUGUGAGAAAACAUGUUUGAAUAAUGAAUAAACGAUAAUCAAUUA